UUGCCAGUUCGCUGACAUGGCGACGGCGAGCCGCCGGUUUGUAGUGGGGUUGCUGUUUCGACUUUGUGCCGUUUUCUUCACCCUCCUGGGCCAGGUCGAUGGCUUGGUGGAAGGCUUGUACUGCGGUGCUGUCUCUUGCUAUGAUGUCCUUGGAGUGUCGAGGGAUGCUGGCAAAAGCGAGAUCGCCCGCGCUUACCGCCAGCUGGCCCGGCGCUUCCACCCUGACCGCUACCGGCCCACGGAAGUCGGGGAGAACCCCGAGGAAAAGUUCCUGCUGGUUGCCACCGCCUAUGAAACACUGAAGGAUGAUGAAGCCCGGAAGGAUUAUGAUUAUAUGCUUGAUCAUCCUGAUGAAUUUUACCGACAUUACUACCAUUACUACAAGAGAAGGCUAGCACCCAAAGUAGAUGUCAGGAUAGUUAUAAUUGUGACAGUUUGUGCUAUAUCACUCUUUCAGUACUACAGCUGGUGGAGCAGUUAUAGUGAGGCCAUUCAUUAUCUCACUACUGUGCCAAAGUAUAGAAUCCAGGCCACAGAAAUUGCAAAGCAGCAAGGCCUGCUUAACAAAACUAAAGAAAAAGGGAAAAACAGACGCUCUAAAGAAGAAAUCAAAGAGGAGGAGGAGGAAAUCAUUAAAGGCAUUAUCAAAAAUAACAUUGACAUUAAAGGAGGCUAUCAGAAGCCACAGAUAUAUGAUAUACUCCUCUUCCAAAUUGUUUUGGCUCCUUAUUACAUCUGUAGGUAUAUAAUCUGGUAUUGCAGGUGGAUUUACCGUUUUCAUAUAAAACAAGAAGAAUAUGGAGAAGAAGAAAAGUUGUAUAUUAUUAGAAAAAACAUGAAAAUGUCACAAGGCCAAUUUGAUAGUCUAGAAGAUCAUCAGAAAGAGAUGUUCCUUGAGAGGAAGCUGUGGUUACGAGAAAACUUUGAGGUUUAUAAACUGGAACAAGAGGAAGAACUCAAAAAAAAAGUAGCAUCAGAUCCACGAUGGAAACGGUAUCGGCGGUGGAUGAAAAAUGAAGGGCCAGGGAGGCUAACCUUCAUAGAUGACUAAAUACCUCUGCCUUACACUAGUGUUUACAGAAGAUGUCUUUUUAUUUUAAAAAAUGACUAUUUUGAUAAUGAAAAAUAAAUAUCACUGAUCUAAUAACUCAGGAUUCCGUUUAAA